GCCGAGUCUUCCGCAGGUUCUGCUUCCGCGGUGCGACUUGCUCGUCCAUGUUGGGCUGCCUUUGGUAGAAAGUGCAGAGACGGCAGGACGGAGAGCAUAACUAACUUGUUUAUACGGAGAAAAUUGUUGUCGUGGCUGGUCAGGCUGCACUGAACUCACCAGUGCAGUGCACUGCAUCCAGCUUGAAUUUUUCCCCGUGCGCGUCGUUGAACCACACUGACUGAACUAGCCGAAAUCUCUGCUGAACUGAAGAGCUCUGGCAGUCCCACCGUGCUCGCGUGCCAGCCAGCGGGAUGCUGCAGUAGACGUCCACUUGACUUACACCUCUCGCCGUGCACCCACGAUGUGUUGCAGUUUUCCAGCAUCGGCGAACGCUGCAGAUAUUGUCAAUAAUGCCUCGCUAGGUUUUUGUCCAUCGGGGCAAAAGACACAGAAGACCGCCACAGUGUUACACGGUGUCAGGGCCAAUCUAGUGGUUCUUCAAAUAUCUAGUGUGUAGAAAUCUGUCCCUCCUAUCCUCCUUCUUCAUGUUUUCUACUGCUUGCUGUCGUGAAGGCCAAGUACCUGCUUGGUGCUAGGCCUAGGCUAGGGUCGGUAGGGAGUAGGGUUGGUGCAGAUCUACCACACAGUCAGUACAUACAGCGCCGGAUCAUGGACAUGGAUCAGGAGCGUUGAUCAGUCAGCGCUUCACGAAAAGACAUCGUGCGCUUUGCGGCUAGCAGCCCACACGUCACCUGGUCACGUCCCGUUCGCACAGUGCAGUGCAUGCACCCUCCACUUGCCUCCAGAGUAAGGUGUCAGCAAAAGGAGAGAUGGGCUUGUGCGCUCGUGGUUCUUCGUGUGUGGGUUUGUAAUCAGACUGUGUGGACUUCAUAUCAGCGUGGCCUGCCGUCAUCCUCCGUAACCUCACGGAACGCAGCGAGACACGGCCGAUCGGCAAACAGCGGUUUCGUUGUGCUCUUUUCCCUCGCUCGAUUGCAGUACGACUGCUAGUAUCUCAGCCUGCUGUAGUAUUGUUCAGUGCUGUGCGCCGGACGAAUGCGUGGACGAGAUUGCAAGGUAUGCUUGUCCAGUUAUACAAGAGGCUAUCGUGUGACUUUGAAAUAUUGAGAGGAAAUCUUUCCUGUUCGUAACCUUCAUCCCUAGUGCUGUUUCACUUGAUCGUUGAGAUACAUAUCACAGCUUUGAGUCGGAAAAAUCGAGAUUCGUAGCAAGAUUUCUGGCUGAGCGGGAAAGGAAGGAGUCAGAUUGGAAGCAGUGCGCUGCAGCGGAUGCGGCAGAGAUCGACGCGGAGUGGAAGGUGAACGGUGCCAGAAUGUGCUGGACACGGUAGAUCAUAGACCAGAGCUGAUCCUCCAAUGGCCGACGAAUCAUCAGCAAAGGAAGGCCUGCCUGUGCAAGAUGUGGGACAUCAUUGUUUUCCAAUGGAUGGCGGAUACUCGCCAGCUCUGGCCAGUUCAGGCGAUGUGCCGGGGACAGCACAGCUACGGACUCUGUCCUUGUCGGAGGUACCACACAGCCUGCCAAUACGGCCCACCAGAUCUCAGAUGGGUAAACGCUGGUCGUUAGCAUCUGUGUCUUCGUCGUCCGGUUACGAUAGUGCGUCCAUACCCUGGCAUGCUAGUGGUACUGACGAUGGUGAUCUCCUCACUGUUGACAGGGCAUACAGUGAUCAUGACAUGUCCGACCGGUCAUCAAGAUCAAGGAGCAUUAGUCCCUACUAUCCAACUGGUCAUGGCUACAAUGUGGACAUGUUGGAGCUACAGAACCUCUUCAGAGUUAGAUACCCUAAGGCUAUUGAGCAAAUGGAAUUUCGUUUGAAGCAAUUUCAAAUUGACCUCAGUCUUCAUGAAGCUGCCUCACACAAAGAUGCAGCUGUCAACUUCGUUGCUACGCAGCUCUUGUCUCUAACCAAGGACCUGUUGGAUAAGUCUGAGGCCGGUGCCAUCACGAUGCAAGUGUUCCAGUCAAUAACGGAAAACUUGAGUCAACUGAAUGAAGAUAAUAUUCGUCGGGGAGCCACACCGGAGACAUUUGCAAUGAUUCAAAAGCUCCUGCAGCAGAUGACGGUCAUUAUCACUCGGCCGGCCGGCUUACUGGAAUGCUUGGAACAAGACAUGAACUCACUGGAUGCCCACGGCCAGGUCAAGUCGCCCGCUGCUGCCGGAGGUGGUGUGCUACAGAUGCUAGCACCGCCUAUGUCCUGUGCUACCACAUCCUGUGUACCGUCCCCGGCAUCAAACAUCAGUGACUCGUCACAUCUGCUGCACUACGUGCGGCAAUGCUUGACGCCGAGAGACUGUUUGUCUCGUGACCGUCGACUGUCGGCAGUGAAAUCAGAAGAUGAAGGUGACGACGAUGGCAGUGAAGACGGGGAUGAGGCGGUCACUGAGUUGGCCAGUCAGGAUGUGCAGCCAAAGGCCGAUGACUUUGAGCAGCUAAAAAUCAUCAGCAACGGUGCGUAUGGAUCAGUAUACCUGGUCAGACACAAAGAGCGACGGCAGGUUUUCGCAAUGAAGAAGAUUACAAAGACUAACGUCAUUCGGAAGAAGAACUUGGAUCAAGUAUACGCAGAGCGUAACAUUCUGACGUUUGCCAACAACCCCUUUGUCGUGGGUCUCUGGUGCACUUUUGAGACCAAGAAACAUUUCUGCAUGGUGCUGGAGUAUGUUGAAGGUGGAGACUGUGCUGCCUUGUUGAAGAACAUUGGCGGCCCACUGCCAACCGACCUAGCAAGACUGUAUGUAGCUGAGACAGUGCUGGCACUGGAAUAUCUGCAUAACUAUGGCAUAGUUCAUCGAGAUCUCAAACCGGACAAUAUGCUGAUCACAUCGCUAGGCCAUAUCAAGCUAACAGACUUUGGACUAUCCAGAGUGGGAAUCAUGAGCUACGCAACUAGCAUGUACGAAGAAGGAAUGUCGGCUAAUCAAGUGUUCAACGAUGAGCAGGUCUUCGGCACGCCGGAUUACAUCGCCCCGGAGGUCAUAUUGCGACAAGGCUACGGUCCGCCGGUGGACUGGUGGGCACUCGGUGUUGUUCUCUAUCAGUUCCUGAUCGGCGACACGCCGUUCAUCGGCAGCACGGUGGAGGAGCUGUUCGAGCAGAUCACCGACGAAACGGUGCUUCCCGAGUUCCCAACGGAUUUCCCCUUCUCAGAGGAAGGCAAGGAGAUCAUCUCUGACCUGCUCAUCCGAGAUCCACAGAAACGCCUCGGCGCAGGAACAUGCAAUGGUGUUGCCGAUGUGAAGAACCAUGUGUUCUUCAACAAUGUCGACUGGAGAAACUUGCUGCUCCAGAAGGCUGAGUUUAUCCCACAGCUUGAUCAUGAAGAGGAUACAUCCUACUUUGACCCCCGUACCGACCGCUACGAUCACACGCUGAUCGACAGUGACAACGAAGGCGACGAGGACUGCCUGUACAGCAACUUCAUGUCCAUGUCGCCGUCGUUCUCGCGUAUCCUCACGCCGCCGCUCAGCCACCAGAGCAGCAUAAACCGGUCUGACUCCGACCUGUCGGAUGUCAGCUCACACGACACCAGCUCCUCGCUCACGUCAAGUCCAUACCACGCGUGGCGGCCCACCGAUCUUGACGCAUCCUCGCAACACAGCUCCGCAACAAGCACGUCCGUUGAGCCGGCGUCCUCCGUCAGCUCUACACCGGAGCUGAGUAGCGGCUCGCUGGAAAGGCCCACCUCUCUCACCACCACGCCGAGGAGAGGCUCACUCAGCGCCAGCCGCAUGACUCCGGAAGCCAUCGUUGUCGUUCCUCCGCCGCUGACAACGGCCCAAGUAGCCAUGGCUACAGCCCUGGCGACAAUGACCAGUAGUCAAAUGUCAGGGGGGCCCAUGAGCAGCGGAGUGCAUGCAUCCGGCACUGCUCCCGUGUCUUUGGGUUCUCUGGCAGCAUUCAAUCGCCACUCCGGUCUGGACAGGCCGAUCCGAUUGGCACGGCGACGCCAGAGUCUUGACGAAACCAGUGCACGUCUGCGCUCUCGCCUUGCCAGCCUCGGGCCAAGACUCAGUGAUAACUCUAACAUUGGUCAGGCGGGCGGCUACGGCAACACAGCGUACGGUGCUAACAGCACCAGCAGCCUGGCGACGUCCGGUACUAAUGUCGCAGCCCUUGCACCGCUGCAAGCACUGUCCAGGAGCGGCGGCGGUGGCAGUAGCAGCAGUAGCUACCCAGCAUCCCUGAACACAAGCGGCUACGGUCAGUCGCAGCCGGGCUUGAACGUGAGCAUCCCAGCGCGGUGUUCCGUCGGCAUGUCUCUCAAGGCAAUCCGCGUCUUCCUGGGUACCAGCGAUAACUAUGUUCUUCAGCAUGUUAUCAAGGAUGUCGUGGAGGGCAGUCCCAGCUGGGUUGCGGGGAUACGACCAGAACAUCUUCUUACUCAUAUCGACGGUCUGCCGGUGGUGGGACUAAAGCACACAGACGUCGUGCAGUUGCUGAGCAACAACCGCAAGCAGAGCACAACGGUGCAGAUGGUGCCCAUGUCCAACACUGGCAUCAGUCACAAAAAUCACCACCGCCAGUCGUCCAAUGCCAAGCGCCUCAGCAGCAAACACGAGCGCAAGCUGACGCGCACAAGCAGCACCGGAUCCUCUCUGAAGAAAAAGCUGGCAAUGAUACCGCGUCUGUCCAAGAGACAUCUUCAGAGAAACCGUGAUCAAGUCGACAGCCCUGCUGCAUCUCAGGCAUCCACUGGAAAUGCACUGUCAGCGUCACCAGCAGCCGCUUCAACAGCAGUAUCGCCAGUAGCUGCAGCUGGCACGUCACCCAUCAUGUGUGCCAAGGCCAACAUUUCUCUGCAUCAGCGCAUCGUGCGUGCCAUUCAGCCCCGCCGUCCAUCCAUCACCUCGCUGAUGACGCCAAUGUCGCCACUCGCUACCGUCUCUCAGACGUCACCCCAGCACCAGCUGGUCAAGAGUCACACGGCGCUGCGCAGAACGGCCAGCGUGGGCAGCCCCUUCCAGGGCUACCGUCGCCUGUCUCGCACGCCACCGCGCCAUGAGCAACAUUCGGUGUCCUUGCGCAAUCGUGACCGGGUGCCUUUGGAGCAGAUGGUGGCUGCUAGUCUGGCGCCAAGCGAAUCUGCAGGUACUGCUGGCACUGCUAGUACUGGUGAUACUGUCGCUGAUGGCAGUGCACCCGCCGCUGACACAAAGUCUCCGCGGCGUAAUCGCCUGCGUCGCAAUGAACUCACCAGUAAGUCUACAACGGUGAGAAAGUCCUCUGAAUAAUCGACAGCUGCCGGCUAGACGACACACGCACUUGCUGUCACAUGUGGACAAUGGUAAUGUGUGUGUGCCUAGCCUUGGCCGGCACAUGUAAUCUGAUUGCACGGAACACGGCUAGCGGUGAGAAGCAUUGUGCAGUCUAGCCGUGCACAUACGUACUGUGCGCAAGCACGCACACCCACCCACCCGCGCACGCACACACACACACACAGUGACACACACACACACACACACACACACACACACACACACACACACACACACACACACACACACGUGGAGACAGUCUGGAAUAUGUAACAGUUUCAAGUACCCAAUGUCCAUAGUAACACAAUCCGUUACUUGAUUCAUGGUUCCCCAUCAUGAUCAUGUUCAGCAAUGAAUCUGACCAUUACCUAUAUCUGAAGCCCGUCUUCUUUAUUUGUGCUUGAACACAUGCCUACUCAUUGAAUCUGUGCCAUCACCAUCAUCACCAUCAGCAGCAGCAGCAGGACGUUUUACUGCACAUUCAUUCAUGUUGAGUUGCUUAUUUUCAAUCAUAUUUUCGUCGCUUUCCUUAGAAAUUUGAAAUAUCACUUUCCCACGAUUCAACUUCAGAACAGCAUUCCUUGAUGAACGCCAUCAUCUUUAAAUAUGGCACGCCAUCAUCUUUUAAAUAUGGCGCA